CUCCAGUCAAGUCUGCGCUCCACGCACGGAAGGCGAAGGGAGGACAGCGGCGCGGGGGGACGCGGGGUGACACGCAGCAACACAAGACGCGGAAAUCUGUGGAAAAGGAAAUGAAUGAGGAGUGAGUGAGUGAGUGAGUGUCGACGGAGCGAGGAGGAAGUUAUGAGCUGAACUGCGACGAUUUACCGGCGGAAAAGUGUCCGUGAGAAAGCAGACAGAAGAGUGGGACAGAGGCAACAAAAGUCACAAGUCUGGUCCGUCAGUCCAGAGGCAGAGCUCUGAAUCGCGGCCAUGGCCGACGUGCUGGGGAGCGGCGGGUCGGGAGGAGCCGUCGGCGCGGCCAGCGUGGAUUGGCAGAAGCGCUGCGUGGCUCUGGAGAUGCAGCUGCUGAGGUUCCGACUUCAGGCCGGGAAAAUCCGCGAGCUGCUGGCAGAGAAGAUGCAGGAGCUGGAGCAGAGGGUGAUGGAGGCCGACCAGCGAGCCGAGAGAGCGGAGAAACAGAUCCACGUCAUGGAAGAGAAGUUGAAAUCGGCGAACGUGCAGACCAGCGAGUCCGAGAGCUCGUUGUGCAGGAAGUACCAGGACCUGAGCGCUCAGGUUCAACAGAAAGAUGCCGUGAUCAAGAGAUUAGAGGUGCAGCUGGAGAAGCAGAUCUUAGUCAGAGCCCAGGAGGCAAAAGCUAUUGAGGAGAAGGCUGCCAAGAUUAAAGACUGGGUCACCUUGAAGCUCAGAGAGAUGGAGCAGGAGAACCAGCAGCUCAAAAUGGCCAACUUGAAGCAGACGGAGCAGAUAAUGUUGCUGCAGGACAAACUUCAAUCACUCUUUGAAAAACCUGCAUGCUCAGGAUCUCCCGCCACCUCCCCUGUGACGGAUACUCACCUGGUGCCCAACAGCCCGCUGUUUCCUCCCAGCUGUCCUGGCACACCACCUGCCCAGGAGGACAGCUGGAGACAGACGGGUCCUCGCGGGGCCGCCUCUUAUAUCAAGAUCUCACCGACAGAUGGGAAAAGGCCUCUUGAACAGGUCAGCGCUGGGCUUUGCCCCGGUGACGACAGUCCUGGCAGCAGAUCGGAUCUCCCGGUGUGCUCCGACGGUCAGAUGGUGUGUUCAGACCGGGACAUCUCGUCCGACGAGCUCAGCAGCAAGUUCCGCUCUCAGUGCCUCCACUCGUCCUCGUCGUCUUCAUCGUCAUCCUCCGCGUACGAGAUAGCCCACGGGCCCAGCUCCCCGGAGUCGUCUAAAAGCCCGCUCCUGUCGCGCUCCCCGUCGACCAACAACCCCUUUCCCAAUCCUCCGCAGCCUCUGGUUCACCAGUCCGGCGCCAGCAUGACGUUACCCAAAGUACGAACCCCGCUCAGUCCCAGAGACAGCAUCCAGCUGGUGAAGAAGCACUACAGCCAGCCACAGCCCAGCCUGGACAGACUGCACCACCUCAACGUCAACAUAGAUAUCAUGAGCGCGUCGUCCACCUCGUCCACGCUGAAGAGCACUGGCACCAGCACCUCGCCCUUCUCUCAGGUCGUGGAAGAAACGGACAUUGACGACGGACUUCCCGAGAGCAUGGAAGGGGUGGAGGAGGGGUCGGGAUCCGAAGAGUCGUCACGGGACGGAGUUUCCUUCGUGGGGCUGGCAGAGGAGCUGGAGAUUCUCAAGCCGCCGACGCCGCCAUUGCACCGCUUCCCUUCAUGGGAGAGUCGUAUCUAUGCUGUGGCCAAGUCAGGAAUGAGAGUAUCGGAGGCCUCUCCUGGAGCCAGGGGCCCCGGACGAGGGUCAUGUUUACCCCAGUAUCCAGCGGCAGGUCCGUUCACCCAGUUGAUCUAUAAGAAUAUAAACGUUCCAGUCUACACCACACUGAAAGGGAAAGCCACUCAGAUCAGCAGUGUACCUCUACCUGACGACGACUCCGGCUCGGAGGACGACAGCAGUUCUCUGGCCAGUUUACGGACGUCCAUCCUGAGCCCGGAGAGGAAAGGCAGCAUCCCUGGAAGCCCACGUGCCGUCAAGAGAGGUGUGUCCAUGUCCUCCGUCAGCUCUGAAAGUGACUACGCCAUCCCUCCUGACGCCUACUCCCUGGACAGUGAUUACUCAGAACCAGAGCAUAAAGUCCAGCGUACUUCGUCCUACUCCUGCGAGAGCACGGGGCCUGAGAUGCUGGAGAAGUCCGGGUACCUGCUGAAGAUGGGCAGUCAGGUGAAAGCCUGGAAGCGCCGCUGGUUCAUCCUUCGGAACGGAGAGAUCCUCUACUACAAAUCUCCUAGUGACGUGAUCAGGAAACCUCAGGGUCAGAUUGAGCUCAACUCCUCCUGCCGCAUCGUACGCGGAGAAGGUGCACAGACGUUUCAAUUGAUUACAGAGAAGAAGACCUUCUUUCUCACCGCCGACUCACCCAACAUCCUGGAGGAGUGGAUCAGGGUCCUGCAGAACAUACUCAAAGUCCAGGCCAGCAGCCCAGUUACUGUGGAGACCACAGGCAAGCCCACCGUCAGAGGCUGGCUCACAAAGGUCAAACACGGACACUCGAAGCUGGUGUGGUGUUCGUUGGUGGGAAAGGUCUUCUACUACUAUCGCAACCAGGACGAUAAGUUGCCUCUGGGUCAGCUGCAGAUGCGGGAGGCGUCCGUGCAGGAGGUGGAUCGCUCCUGUGACUCAGACGAGGACUACGAGGCGGGCAGCCGGGGUUUCCUCUCGUCCCACUGCACCUUGGUGGUUCAGCCCAGAGACCAGAGUCCGACUUACCUGCUGAUCGGCACCAAGCAGGAGAAGGACACGUGGUCGUAUCACCUGACCGUCGCCGCCGGCAGCUGUGCGACCUUCAAGGUGGGCACGGAGUACGAGCAGCUGGUCGGUAAACUCCUCGAUGCAGACGGAGACCCGGAAUCAGCCUUCUGGAGAAGCGGGGCCUUGAGCUUCUGUAAGGACGGCCUGCGCUCGCCUCUCACCACUCUGCCCUCUGAAGCUCUGCAGACAGAAGCUCUCAAGCUUUUCAAGUCCUGCCAGCUCUUCAUCAACGUGCUGGUGGAGUCUCCGUCCGUGGAUUACCACACGUCGCUGGCCCAGAACGCCCUGCAGGUGUGCCUCACCCACCCGGAGCUGCAGAAUGAGAUGUACUGUCAGCUGAUCAAGCAGACCAACCACCGGACGCCGCACAACUACUCCCUCACACAGUGCUGGCAGCUGUUGUCUCUGUGCGUUGCUUUGUUCCUUCCUCAACAACAUUUCCUCUGGUAUCUGAGACAAUACCUGCAACGCAACGCCGACCCAAGGAGUGAGGUGGGGAAGUAUGCAGUGUACUGUCAGAGAUCCGUGGAGCGGACGCUGCAGAACGGAGAGCGCGAGGCCAAACCGUCUCGCAUGGAGAUCGUCUCCAUCCUGCUGAGGAACCCGUACCACCAUUCGCUGCCGUUCAGCAUCCCAGUCCACUUCAUGAACAACACCUAUCAGGUGGUGGGCUUUGACGGCUCCACGACGGUUGAGGAGUUCCUCAACACGCUGAACCAGAAGAUUGGCGUGAGGAAGCCUCAGCAGUCCGGCUUCGCCCUCUUCACCGACGAUCCCUCAGGCAAAGACCUGGAGCACUGCCUGCAGCCGUCUGCCAAGAUCUGUGACGUCAUUUCCAAGUGGGAACAGGCUCUGAAGGAGCUGCAUCCUGGGAAAAACGAGGGCACGCGGAUUGUUCGACUGACAUACAAGAACAGACUGUGUUUCAGAGCUCAGGUGAAAGGAGAGACGGAGCGAGAGCGCCUCCUGCUGGCCUACCAGGUGAACGACGAAGUCCUGCAAGGCCACUUCCCUGUGAAUAAAGAGCUGGCUCUGGAGGUGGCCGCCCUCAUGGCACAGGUUGAACAUGGUGAUUUGGAGCGACCUCCUGCCGCUUCCCCCCCCAGUUGUCCUCAGCCCAAAUCUCAGCUGAUCCUCCUGCAGGCCUUGGAGCGAUUUUACCCCAAACGCUACAAACAGGACUGCAGCUCAGAGCAGCUCAGAGAUCUUAGUGAGCGUCUGGCCACCAAGUGGUCCAUGCUACGUGGGUGCAGUGCAUCCGAGUGUGUGAGAAUAUAUCUGACUGUGGCUCGCAAGUGGCCCCUGUUUGGAGCCAAACUCUUCAGUGCCAAGCCGGUUCCCCCGUCCACUGUUGAGCAGAGCCAAGUGUGGCUGGCCGUCAAUGAGGACGGACUGUGUGUGCUGGAUUACGCCAUGCACACGCUGGUCACACACUCCUACCAGUCUGUGAUUACCUUCGGCGGCUGCCGCGACGACUUCAUCGUGGUCACGAGCCAGCAGAGGGAGCCUGGAGCGGGCAAGAAGAGCGUGGAGAAGCUGGUCUUCGGAAUGGCGAAACCAAAGAUCCUGGAGCUGACUCUGCUCAUGGCCAGUUACAUCAACCACUGGACCCCGGGCCUCCCGUCCGCCUCCAACCAGCCGCUCGGCCACUGGGACGUGGACAGCAGACACUUUCCCGCCAUGAACUACACCACCAAGGGCCCAACGCUACUGUGAAUCCUGCAAGAAUAGCAAGACUGUGUGACGUCAGUGCACUCUCAGUCUGGGUUUUGCCUUCUGACCGUACAGGUACGAGAGGAUUAUUUAAGUGUUUCCUUAAAUAAACACAUGAUAUAGGAUUAGAAAUGUCCGCUAAAGUCUUGUCACACCUUCGUUUUUCUCCGACUUUUUUGUUCAGAGUCGAAAACUCAGCGUUUGUGUGUCACUGUCAUGAUUCUCACUCAUACUUGACAAAGAAUUAGAAUCUGAAUACGUUGAAGAGUUGAUUUUUCUCUCACUGUGUCUUCUUUAAUUUAUAAAAUAUCCGAAACAAAUGGCUUUCCACGGCUCAAAAAUGACACAAUUUUCUAAUCAGUUAAUGUCAUAGAUACAAGAGGUGAGGCUGCUUUUUUCCUCUUAAGGUCAUAUUUAAGGGACCUUAGAUUCCUUUACUGUUUUAUCUAAGUGAACGUUAAUAUUCCGCUCUUUUUUUUUCCUCUCAGAAAACGUAAUGAAAUGCAACAUUUUCAUAUUCAGGUCACUUUCAAUUAUCAACACAUUUACACAUUUUCAUAAAGAGCUACCAAAAAAAAAGAAUAUUUUUAAUGACUUGAACUGUUUUGGAUCAAACCACUGUUGUGCUCGUGCCCGUCGUUAUUAGUUAUUUAUUUUAUUUCCAACGUUUUUUAGGCUCCUGCGUAAGAAAAAAAAAAUAAAAUAAAAGGUAACGCAGCUGACGUGUUUGUACGGGAAAACUUCCAGGUUUGUAAUUUAAGGGCAGAGGAUGUCUGUUACUUUACCUGUGCAUGACUGUUUUUGUAAGAUGGCGUCUGUACUGUACGUGUGUGUCUGUGUGUGUGUGUGUGCGUGUGUGAGGUAAUAAAACACAUGGUACAUCUUCUUCUA